CCAUUUAGGGAAUGUGCUUGUGGAUAUGAAGCUGAUCGAUUUAAAGGAUACUUUACCGGUGGGCUUUAUUCCUAUUCAGGAAACAGUGGACACACAAGAGCCAGCUUUCAGAAAGAGAAGGAUGUGUAUCAAAUUCAUUCCUCGUGACUCGACUGAAGCUGCCAUUUGUGAUGUGAAAAUUCUUGGCAAAUCUAAACAAGCUCCCCCUCAGUAUACAUUCAUUGGGGAACUGAACAACAUGGGAGUCUGGUACAGAAUGGGAAGAGUUCCUAGAACACAAGAGGUGUCAACAACUACAGUGACAACAACAUCCCUGACGUCCUCAUCUUCACCGAGUCCUGCUCCUAAUCUCCCCAGGCACAUAUCCCUGACACUUCCUGCUAGUUUCCGAGGUAAGAUGCAUGGCACAAGACCUGACUUUGAACACCAGACUUCCAACCUGUAUGCUAUAUCAGCAAUGGACGGUGUGCCUUUCACUAUUUCAGAAAAAUUCUCCAGUGCGAUUGAAAUGUAUGAUUACAGCUUUAGAACAGAACAGAGUGCUGCAGCUCGUCUUCCACCAAGUCCCACUAAAUGUCAACAAUCACCAUUAUCCUGAAGAUGAAUCUUAAUGGAGUUGUUGUAAACUAAGGGACCGAUGUCUACUGGAACAGCCACCAUGCGAAGCAGUGUUGGACACUUUGCUUCCUUUAACUUCUACUGAAAUGGUAUUCUCAUACUAAUGGAAAGGACAGUAUUUCUAAUUACCAGCAGUCUACCUACAACUUAACAUUGGGUAAAAUCAUUUUGUACAUGGAGUUUUGUAAAUACAAUGUUUAAUGUGACCUUUAUUUGCAAAUCUUCUGGCCUUAAAUAAGGUUAAUCAUUUUAAUAAUUAUUAAACAAAGGCUGGAUGUUUUUUGCUUUCUUGAGCCAUAGCUUAUUUCUGUUUCUCCAUAUUUUUUGUCAAAUUAAUUUUGCACACUUCAGAAAUGCUACUGGUGAUAGCCAUUUUCGCAAACUAUGCAUCAUUUCAGUUAAUAGACAUUUAGCCAUUUGUUUUCACUAUGAGACUAGAUGUAAUUUUAAGUUAAGGAAAUAAAGUUUUGAAAUAUCAUGUCUAGCUGAUGUUUUAGUUUUAUUUCCUGCUUCUAACAGGUCAAAUUUCGAUAGUACUAAGAAAAAUUUAGCAAUAGUUAAGAUCAAAUUUGGCAAAGUCAAAAUAACUUUUUUUUAUUCAGAUCAGAGAAUUGGGUGCUAGUUUCUAUCAUAGCUUCUGAAAAUCUUAAGAUUGACUAAGCUAUGUUUCUGCACAGAUAUUCUACUUCUACGUAGAUUGUCCCUGUAGUCGGUGCUUGUUUCCUCAUAUUUCUGUCACAGAAAAUAUCAUAGUUAUCUGUUUUCUCUUGGAACAUAUCAAAUUUAGAAGCUAUACUCAGAAUUCUACAAAAAUUAAGUUGGUUUUUGGUAUUCUUCUCUAUUACAUGCACCCUGUCUUUCCAAUUUUGCUUAAUAGAUAUAAUCAUGAAACGUUUUUGUGGGAAUUCUCGGAUUUUCUACAGCAAAGCUUUCCAGUCUAUAAAAUAUCUUGCUAUUCUUUAAAGCUGUUGUUUAUGGAAAACAGUAUUAGUCAUAUCACAGUGAAUGAACAAAAGUUAUAACAGGCCUUCCUUAUUGGUUCCUUUAUUGACAAAGGACAUUUGUGCUAUCCUAAUGCAGUAUUUGUUACUGCAGUUUUUUCUACAGUUGCAUAAGGUAUGAUUCUGUGGUUAUAAUCUGAGUGAAAGUGUAGCUUUGUCAAAAUGCACUGAUUUGCUUUGCACUGCAUUUUUUUUUAAUGUUUGGGCUUUUUUUUAAUGUAGACCCUUGCAAUCUGAAACUCUUUUGUAUGGUUUUUAACAUGCUUGUGAUUCUAAAUUAAUGCUAUGAAACAUCUUAAUUGUGUAACACUGUAACACUUUGUUAAGUAGCAGCUUUUCUUUGAACACUGCCAUUAAUUUACCAGCCUUACCUCAAUAACCCAACUGUUACAACCUCCUUUUAGGUGUUGUGAUCCACACUAAGAGAAAUCAACAUUCAAAACAGUAUUUACAGUGGAUACAAGGAUGUAGUGCUUUUAACGAAUGGCAGCUGCUCAACAAAAACAACGUAUGCUAACAGGUUUACACACUAUAUGUAAAGCAGUCAUGUAUAUAUUUUUCCAUUUUAAUCUUUUUCUCAUUUCCAGUGCGAAACAAAUGCUACCUAAUAUGGAGGGCAUGGGUGAUCAGAUUACUAAUGCCAGUGUAUAGAAUUACAAGUUUGUCUGUUUGGCAUAGCACCUCAGAUUGUCAAUUGAAACAAGUAUUCUGAUCUAUUGACACUAUUUGAAAUGAACGAAAUGCUUCAGAUAUUGAAUAACUGAUUUUCAAUGCUGCAUGAAUAGUGUGCUUAAGCAUUUACUUCAAGAAAGCAUAAUUAUAUUUUCUGUCUGUUCUGUACAAAUAAUGUAAAGCGUCCCAUUAUCGUUUCUAAAGAAACUAGGCAUUUAUCAUUUAUGUAUGAAUAUUAGCUGCAUCUAAAUGUCUGGUGGAGCCCUGUGAACUUAGAUGAUACAAAGGCACCCUGCUAUUAAGUGAUGAACGGUUUUUGCAGAGCAGAGUGUAGAGCAUUGACAGUAUGACUAACCAUUUCAACUCAUUCAUUUACAAUUCACUGUGAAUAAUUAAAUCAUGAUAAUAUUGUGCAUAAAAGCUGUGGAACUUCUGCCCAAAUGCUAUCAUCUUUAAAAUAUUGAAAAAUAUUUAACUUUCCCCAGCCAUACAAUUGUAAUAGCUCAAUUUUAUUUUUAAUUGUGUUGGAGAUUUAACCCACUGCUCUUAAAGUGUUCAGAAAUAAAAUCUUCCUGUAUUUAUUGUAGAUUUGUUUCCUGUAGUUACAAAGGGAGGUUUGCAAUUUGGUUUAUUGAGUCUGUAUUAAUAAUGUGACAAGUUAAAUAAAAUAUCUGUUUUAACUGGCUGCUUUUA